GCUUUCGGUUUCCGGCGCAUUUCUUCGAAGGAUAAAAGGGCCUUCCUGUUUAGCGGCCGCAGUAACGCUAGAGCGGUGGCUUCGCGUCUCUCUGAACCUGGAACUCGAUAAGUAAAACAAGCGCCGCGAAGCCAGCCGGGCACUCGGUUGAGCUCAGAGGAUUCGGCUGCGGGUAGAAAGGCCUCCACGCCCCCUCCCACGCCGCAUCAUAGAAACCCCCCGGGGUUGCUAGAACGGCGCCGUAGCCCCACCCCUCUCUUCCGGCGCCGAGGAACAUUUAACCGCCAUAGAGACACAGGCGGCGGUGGCGCCUCGGUGUUGCCAGUUCGGCGGCGAGAGUGGAGCGCGCGCUCGGGCGUUCUCUGCGCGUGCCGAGGCGGCUUCUUGUUUCACGGCGGGGCGGUGGAGCCCGGAAGGGCCUCGGGCGGUUGGGCCUGCGACCAGGUGGGGUGGGGGAGGGGGGUGCUCCUCGGGCGGCGCCCCCAUUUCUGAGGCCCCGUGAGGAGAAGGGCCGGGCGUGGGGGUUGCUCAGCAGUGCAGAGGGGAGCGGCCUUGUGAGCGGGAGGAAGGUGCCUCCCUUCAAAAGGGGCGGUGAGGGAAGUGUGUGGGGCGACUGGGAGAAAUUCGGGGUCCCCAUGGCGGCGGCGGCGGCAGCAGCGCCCGCAAGUAGCAGCUCCCGGGCCGCCCCCAACCCGGUGGCGACCCUCCACGAGGAGGCCGUGUGCGCCAUCUGCCUGGACUACUUCAUCGACCCGGUGUCCAUCGGCUGCGGCCACAACUUCUGCCGCGUGUGCAUCACUCAGCUGUGGGGCUCGGGCUCGGAGGAAGGGGACGACGCGGGCGCCUCCGGCUCGGACGGAGGGUACGGGCCCGGCUCCGACGCGGGCGCGGAUGACGGAGGGGUCGACGACCUGGGGCCGGAGGAGGACGCCGACGACGACGAAGACGACCUCGAGGACAACGACUACUUGGAUGAUGGCGGGGACAUGGAAGAGGAGGAGGAGGAUGCCGUGUCCAGAGAGGAGGAGUUCGACGACGAAGAGGAUGACGUGUGGGAUGAUGAAGAUGAGAGAGCAUACUGGACCCAGGGCCCCGGGUCGGACGAGAUGUGGGACGAUGACAUGGGGAACGAUUUGCUGUUCGACAAUUAUGACGAUGAGGAGGUUAUGGAUGAGGAAGAGGAGCCGGAGGAUGAGUAUACUGUGCCAGCAACCCCACCGACCCCCCAGAUGCGCCCGGCUUUUAGCUGCCCCCAGUGCCGCAAGGUGUUCCCUCGCCGCAGCUUCCGCCCCAACCUUCAGCUAGCCAAUAUGGUGCAGAUCAUCCGCCAGAUGCACCCGCAGCCGUUCAACUCGGUGGUGGCAUCCACGGAGGCCGUGGAGCUGGCGGCAGCAGGGGAUUCAUCUGGAUCACCUUCUGUGUCAGUAGCGGGACGAGCUCUGAGUGCUGAGCGAACCCUGUGCGAGAAGCACCAGGAGCCCCUCAAGCUUUUCUGUGAGGCAGAUGAGGAGCCCAUCUGUGUUGUGUGCAGAGAAUCACGAGCCCAUAAGCACCACAGCGUCAUGCCGCUGGAAGAGGUUGUGCAAGAAUACAAGGCCAAACUUCAAGGUCACUUGGAGCCACUGAAGAAGAAACUGGAGACCGUUAUGAAGCAGAAGUCGGUCGAACAGGAGAAAAUAGCAGACCUCAGGAACAAGAUGAAGCUCGAUAUGAAAGACUUUGAGGCAGACUUUGAGCGGCUGCACCAGUUCCUCAUUGGGGAGCAGGCGCUGAUGCUGCACCAGCUGGAGGACCGCUAUGAGGUGCUGCUUGCCAGCCAGAGUAACAACGUCUCCCACCUGGAGGAGCAAGGUGCCGCCCUCAGCCGCCUCAUUGCAGAAGCGGAGGACAAGAGCAAGCAGAAUGGCUUGCAGAUGAUCAAGGACUUCAAAGGCACUUUAGUCAGGUGUGAGAACAUUAAGUUCCAGGAUCCAGAGAUGGUGCCAGUGGAUGCAGGAAAGAAAUAUCGAAACUACUUCCUUAUAGACGUCUUAAUGAAGAAGAUGGAGAAGAUCUUCUGCCAAGUCCCUCAAGCUGAUUUGAUUCUGGACCCCGAGACGGCCCACCCGCGCCUCACCCUUUCCUCGGAUUGCCUCUGCGUCCGGCUCGGAGAGCGCUGGCGGGACCUGCCUGACAGCCCCAAGCGCUUCGACUCCGACUACUGCGUUCUGGCUAUGCAGGGUUUCACCUAUGGCCGCCACUACUGGGAAGUGGAGGUGGGGGGCCGGCGGGGUUGGGCCGUGGGGGUGGCCCGCGAAUCGGCCCGGCGCAAAGAGAAGCCCAGCAGCAGUGGCUCCCACCAGAAGCGCGAGAUCUGGUGUGUGGGGACCAACGGCAAGAAGUACCAGGCUCUGACAACCACUGAGCAGACCUCCCUCUCCCCAUCCGAGAAGCUCCGCCGCUUCUGUGUCUACCUGGACUAUGAACGGGGCCAGCUAAGCUUCUACAAUGCCGAGAGCAUGGGCCAUAUCUAUACCUUCAACGCCUCGUUCCGCGAGCGCAUCUUCCCCUUCUUCCGCAUUCUUUCUAAGGGGACCCGCAUCAAAAUCUGCAAUUGAUACGGUUGCUGCUGUUUCUCUUGCACGUAGCUGAAUGCAACCCCCUCCCUAGCGAUAAAUCCUCCUGUCACAGCUGAUUGUCCCUGAUAAGAUCCCUGGUCUGUUUCAGUGUUGGACCUUGGAGGAUUCCUUACCUUGCUGUCUUUUUGUGGGUUCGCUCUGAGCAGGGAUUCCCACCCCCACUUCUAUACAUGAUUAUUGCACAGAUAAACCUUUUUUUGGUGCUCGGCCAGAUGAAUUUUUAAUUCCCUCCUGUAGCUCACUUCCACCCUAGCAAGAAUCUCUUUCUCUUCCCCCUUCAUAUGUAGGGUUCUCUUUCCUCCUGUCCUCCAAGAUCUCUGUGCCCUGGAUCUCAUUCAGCAUGGUUCUCUGACUGCGUGCUUGGUGGAAUCCAAAAUGGCACAGUGGUAGCUGAGUAGUCGGAGGCUCAUCUUUGACAUUCCAAAGACACUUGAACUGUCUUACGCCAGGCACUCGGGUCUUGUGGAUUGUGUUAACUUCUGGUGCCCAGACAAGACAAGAUUGGAGCUGUAUCCAAUCCAUGCUGCCAAUCAGUUCAUUCUCUCUCCCUCCCCCCCCCCCCCGCCGCCCUGCCUUGCCGUCCCAAGGCACCAGUGACCUCCUGAAACCACUUAAUGGUGGUGAGUACAUCUAAAUUAAACUCUACACAUAAUUGUCCCUCCUGGUUCAACUUCCUCAGUGUCUUCUCUCCUGAUGAUCUCCUGUUUUGCAUCUUUUCUCUGUGUUUACACACACAUCAGAUUUCAUUUUAUUUUUAAGGAAUGCAUAGGAGCCAGUUUUGCUCCUCUGCUCCAGGUGUGGUUUGGAUGCCCCAGUUUGUCCCUCUUUCCUUUACGUUAUCUCCAUCUCUUUUACCUGGAGGGAGGGAUUCAUCAAUACUACUAGUGUGAUAGAAAUAUAGAUAUAAAGGCCAUUUUGGAGGUGGGGGUGGAGAAAUGACAGAUCCGAGGGCUGUUGUUGUUUUCCGGGGCACCAUUGGAGUUCUGUGGCUCUUGGGGUGAAUGUAAUCCCACUAGGAGCUUUGGUGAUCAAACUUCAUCACUGCUGCCUCACACACACACCCUCACCCUUGUAGGACUUAAUUAACUUAUUUUUAAUUGCUUUUUCCUGUCACGCCCCAGGAUCUGCAGUGUGGACUCUCUUCUCUCCUGACUGCAAGACACUGGAGGCCUUAGCUGUGCCAGCUGUUAUGUGUUGGUUCCCCCGCCCCCUCAAUUCUUUUUGGCAUUACAGAGCUCCUUUUGAACUAUUUUUCGCUAUAUAUGUAAAAAAAGACUUGGAGAUCUAGUUUUUUGGGAAAAGUUGAGUAAAUAAAUACAAUUCUAAAAGUGAAGUCUUGUUGUUUUGGUCUGUUCAAAUAUUGAAAAUGGAUGGGGAGAAAUGGCAUGGUGUAGUAGUGUGUUCUUUCUCUCUUAAGAGUUGCCAUAACUUCCUAAGAAAAGCUCGGGGUAUGCUGGUUUUUACUUUUUGAAAUA